UCUCCAAUUGUUCUUGAAUUGAAGGCCAGUGGCAGCAUCGCUCUUGUUCUACCGAAAGAGUGAGAGGGAGAGAGAUGGAGGAGGAGGAGAAGGGGAAGACGAAGACGAGAGAGGAGAUCGAGGCUGAGAUAUCGCAGGCGAUGAGAGCGCGGGUGGAGGACUUCAAGGAACAAGCGGAUUCCUUGACUCUUGAGGGAGUUAGAAGGGCAUUGGAAAAAGAUCUGGGGAUGAAAGCAUUCUCGCUGGAUGUUCAUAAGAGAUUCAUUAAGCAAUGUUUGGAAAAGUUUUUCUAUGGCCCUGAAGAUGAGAGUAUUUCCAAAUCCUCAGAGAAGUUGUCAGUCGAAGCUGAUCAAGCUCUAAAUGAAGAAACACCUGUAAAGUCUGAAAAGUUGUUGGAAGAAAGGGGAAACGAUAGCUCUAUUCUUGAAGAAAAAUCACGAGGAUCUCCUGCGCUUGCAGGAAAUGAACCAUCUGAUCAAGUGAAUGAUAAAGAUGAAGAUAUUGAAUUAAAUGAAGAUAUUAUACGGAAGGCAAUAAAAGAAAGAGCUGAUCAUUUCAGAGCUAAUUCAGAGACAAUUACAUUGUCGGGAGUUCGUCGUAUCUUGGAAGGAGAUCUUAAACUUGCAAGAAACACUUUAGAUGCAUAUAAAAGUUUCAUUAGCCUUGAAUUGGAUGAGGUCUUGACACCACCAGAAUCCGCGAAAGCCUCAAAUGGAGCUAAGAAGAGAGACUUGAAGAAAUCAACUGAUUCACCAAGGGCAAGAAAGGGCUCGAAAAGAACGAGGAAGAGUUCAGAUACCUCAGAUUCUGAUGACUUGUCAAGUGAGGAUGAGGAAACUGAGGAGGUGGUAAGAAGACCCAAAAAGAAGGUGGCCAAAGAGCCAAAAACAAACACAAAAGAAAAUGUAAAGAAGAAGAAAUCACAAGAGGAAACUAGGUCAACUAGUUCCAAGAAAAAGAAGUCAGCAGAACCAGAUUCAAAUAAGAAUUCUGAAAGUCAUAGUGAAGGCUCCUCAGAAGAGGGUGACUCUCAUUCAUCUGAGGAAGGAAGCAAGAAGAGAGAAAAACCGACUCAAUCAGUAUAUGGAAAACAAGUAGAGCAUCUCAAGUCAACAAUCAAGUCCUGUGGAAUGAGUGUUCCCCCAUCAGUUUACAGAAGGGCCAAGCAGGCUCCUGAGAGCAAGCGUGAAGCCUAUUUGAUUAAGGAGUUGGAAGAUAUUCUAGAAAAGGAAGGGCUAUCAACAAAUCCUUCUGAGAAAGAGAUAAAAGCAGUCAAGAAGAAGAAAGAAAGGGCCAAGGAGCUUGAGGGCAUUGAUAUGAGUAAUAUUGUCUCAAGCACUCGCCGUAGAACCACUUCCAGUUACAUACCUCCUCCCAAGCCUAAAGUUGUUGUUGAAAGUGAAGAUGAUGAAGAAGAAGGGGAUGAUGAGGAAGAUGAGGAAGACGAGGAAGAUGAGGAAGAUGCUGAGAAUGAAGAAGAUACUGAUGAUGGAAAUGAUGAUGGUGGAGAAUCAAGUGAAGCAUCCGACGGAGGUGGUGAAGACGAAAGUGAUUAGAGUUCCAAGAUCAUAUCCCUUGUCUGAUUACAAAUGACUCAUAGAUGUUUCUUCUAGGAGAGCUGAUGAUUCUACUCAAAACAUUUGGUAUGCAACCGGAUAUGUCAAUAGUGAAUGUCGUAGAAUGAUUUAGGAGGCCAGAACCUCGUUUUCUGAUAUGGCUGUGGACUUCAUUCAGUCUUCUUCUCAGUUUUGCUUCAUUGAAGGGAAAUCUUAGCCGCAAGACUUUUUAAAAUUGAACGGUUGUUUUAAUUCUCAGUUUGUUGGCAGCCUUUCUUUGCCCUAUAAUAUGUAUUGACAGAGGAGAUUGAUGGGAUUUGAAAUGCCGAUUUAUUUCUAUUUCA